AUGGCAGAGACUGCAGUGUUCCAUCUACUAGCCAACUUCGCACCCUUCCUCCAACAAGAGGCCCAUUUGUUGACCGGAGUUCGAAAUGAGAUCGAAUACAUCAGAGAUGAAUUCAAUCGCAUGAUGUCUUUUCUCAGAGUUGCCGAUGCCAUAGAAGAGAACGACCCCGAACUCAAAGUAUGGGUCAAGCAAGUGCGUGAAGCUGCUUAUGACAUUGGAGAUGUUCUCGACUUGUUCAUGCUUCGCCUCGGACAUCGUCAUGGCCAUGGAUUUUGCGGUUUUCUUCGUAAGGUUUCUUACUUUAUUAAGACUUCAAGAACUCGUCACCAAAUUGCUUUUGAAGUACAAAGAAUGAAGUCCAAAGUCGACAAUAUUUCGAAAGGACAUCAGAGGUACCAUGACAGAUAUGGUACGUUAGAGCAAGGCUCAAGCUCAAGGUCCACUGGUUUUAACAAAGCAAGGCAUGAUUGUCGUGGCGAUGCCCUUCUUCUCGAUGAAGCUGAGCUUGUGGGCAUUGAUGAACCCAAAUCACAACUAAUUACGUGGUUGGUGCAUGAAGAUCCCAGACUCAAGGUGCUUUCCCUAUCAGGAAUGGGCGGAUUGGGCAAAACAACACUAGUUAAAAAGGUCUUUGAUGAUGUAGUUGUGAAGAAGCAUUUCCAGAACCAUGCUUGGAUCACUGUUUCUGAAUCAUUCAACAUCAAGGAGCUCCUAAAAGGCAUGAUCCAACAACUGUUUGAAGAAGUCAGGCAACCUGUCCCACAAGGGGUGGAAUACAUGAAUACCAACAGCUUAAAAGGGAUAAUUAAAGCUUUCCUGCAACAAAAGAGGUAUGUGCUUGUUUUCGAUGAUGUAUGGGAUAUUCAUGCCUGGCAAUCUUUUAGAUAUGUGUUUCCUAUUGGCAAUUGUGGCAGUCAAGUAGUGCUGACAACCAGAAAUGCAGAUUUAGCUUCUUUCUCAAGUAAAGAAUAUCAUGGGGAUGUCUAUAACCUUCAGCCCUUGCCUCCCAAAGAGUCUUGGACAUUGUUUUGCAGGAAAACAUCUAUGGAGAAUUCUUGCCCUUCAUAUUUGGAAGGGCUUUCAAGAGCUAUCUUGAAAAGAUGUGAGGGAUUGCGACUUGCAAUUGUGGCAAUUAGUGGUCUUUUAUCAACAAAGGAUAACAAUGUGGAUGAGUGGGAUAAGAUCAACCUCAGUCUUGGUGCAGAACUAGGAGGAAAUGACAAACUCCUAAGUAUGAAGAAAAUAUUGUCACUCAGUUACAUUGAUUUAUCUUACUAUCUAAAGUUCUGCUUUCUGUAUUCAAGUGUUUUUCCAGAGGAUUAUUUGAUUGAACACGGGAGAUUGAUUCGAUUAUGGGUGGCAGAAGGCUUUGUGGAAAUGAAAGCAGGAAUGACUAUAGAAGAAGUUGCUGAGGGCUACCUCAAUGAGCUAAUCAAUAGAAGCAUAGUUCAAGUGGCACAGAUGAGAUCAGAUGGAAGGGUCCAGACAUAUCGUAUCCAUGACCUCUGGCAUGAAAUUAUUGUAUCAAAGUCAGGAGAGCAAAACAUUGUGACAAUUGCUGGUGAACAAAAAAGUGUGGCCCGAAAAAGUGCGGCGCUUAUCAAUCCACAACCAUUUGGAAAAUACACAACAAAGCAAUUGCUGACUGUGUUGGAAUUGAGAGGUGCUUUCUUGGAGACAUUCCCAAAUGAUGUUUUGAAACUACUUCAACUCAGGUAUUUAAGCUUGAGGGGAACCAAUGUAAAAAUAAUUCCGAAGUCGAUUGGAAAGCUCCAAAAUCUGGAAACAUUGGACCUUAAAGAUACACAUGUCACUGAGUUGCCUGAUGAUAUGUUGAAGCUCCAACGACUUCGCCAUAUCUUGUUGUAUCACUGCAUACAAGAUCCUGCUCCUUCCCUUCGUUUUCAACACCAUUGCGGAUUCAAGGCCCCGACGGAAAUAGGAAGUUUGUCAUCCUUACAGACACUUUGUUCUAUUGAAACAAACCAUGAUAAUGGGACCAUUUUGCUAGGGGAGGUAGGGAAAUUGGCUCAACUGAGGAAAUUACAGAUUGAAAAACUGAGAAAUGAAGAUGGAAGGGUGUUAUGCUCGUCCCUUGAGAAGCUUAGUAACCUUCGCUCAUUGGUUGUUCGUGCAAUAGGAGAAGACGAUAUCAUUGAUCUAGAUUCUCUUUCUUCACCACCUCAACUUCUUCGAACGCUCUACCUAGGAGGAAGUUUACAUAAGGUACCACAUUGGAUACCUUCACUGCACAGCUUGGUAAGAGUAAUUUUUGCGUGUAGUAAGUUAAGGGAUGUUGAUCCACUAGAAUCCCUUCAAGGUCUGCCCAAUUUGGUUGAACUUCAACUUCAUCAGACAUAUGAAGGGGAAGAAUUGUAUUUCAAGGCUGGUGGAUUUCAAAGACUUGUGAGAUUAUACCUUGGUGGAUUAAAAGGACUGAGAUGGGUGAAAGUGGAGGUUGGCUCAAUGCCUCAUCUUAAAGAGUUAACUAUCAGUGAAUGUGAAUUGGUAGAGGAGUUACCCUCUGGCUUUGAACAUCUAACCAACCUUAAAACUCUUUAUUUGGUUGAUAUGUCUAAUGAAUUGAUUUCGAGCCUAAACAAAGACUUAGAAGGUGGGAAUUAUUGGAAAACUGCAAACAUUCCAGAAGUUUGGAUAGGGAACACAAAAUGUGGCUAUUUUGAAGGAAAUUAUCUAUAG